AUGUCCCUGGACCCGCACGUAUCCAUCCUUCAAGCGGAAGUGUUUGCCAUAUGGGCAUGUGCCAAGCUGUGCUUGGAACGGAACUAUAGGGACAAGCACAUCUACAUCUGUAGUGACAGUAAGGCUGCGCUUGGAUCCAUACGUGCUACGAUAGUGCGAUCCAUGCUGGUACAAGACUGCACGGACAUGUUGGAACGGCUGGCUAAUAACAACAACCGCGUCAACCUGAUCUGGGUACCUGGACAUGCAGGUAUCCCGGGAAACGAGAAGGCGAAUAUGCUGGCAAGGGAAGGAGCUAGAAGGCCCAGCCCAGACACAGCAUACCGCAUAGGUGUCGAUAGAGGGACGGCAAAGGAGAUGGUGAGGGAGUGGGCGUGUACCCAAACCCACCUGACCUGGAGCAGUACUCAAGGAAUGAGACACACUAAGGCCAUGUUCAAAGGGCCAUCGUCAAGGCUAGGCAAGACUGUGAGUCGCCUAGACAGAAACCAAUUGCGUUUGCUCGUGGGGCUCAUUACUGGGCACUGGUAUACGAGGAAACACUUGAUGCACCUAGGAAUCGGCAGCGAACCAAGGUGCCCCAGAUGUGGAGAGGAGGAUGAGACUCCUAUCCACCUGAUAUGGCGUUGCAGAGGACUGGAGGCCCUAAGGCGAUCAUGUUUUGGGGCUGCCAUCCUUGACGACGCACGUAUAGAGGACAUUGGAGUGGGAAGGCUUCUGGGCUUUGCCAAAGAGGCCGGCCUACACAAUACACCUCAAUCUUAG